UCAUUGUUCACCGCCGGACACCCGCUGAAAAUAAGGAAUGGAUUUAAAACCGGCAUUAACGUAUUCAUAACAGAUUCCAGCUAUGAACAAUGACCAUAGUUGACAGGUCUUUAGAAAAAUCUGACCACGAGUCAGUCGGAUUCAACCGAUCGUCCUUCACCAGUGGAGACGUGGGGAUGGACAACAGUUGUUCCAGUGGUUGGGCAGUGGGUCCCACCAUGCCCGGUGACUCCCAACGGCUCAAGUCUCCGGGAGGCUGUCUGGGACCAACCCCUGGCGCUGCUGUCUACAACAGUACAUCCUCAUCUGUGGACCGGCCCAAGGACCAAGGGAUCUCUGUGUGUCCAGCUAUAAGCAGUGGUGAUGGAAUAGAUUUGCCACAGAAGGUUCUGUUCCCUCCCGAACGGCUCAGCCUAAAAUGGACCCAGGUUCACCGUAUUGGCGCUGGCCUGCAAAACAUGGGGAACACCUGCUUCCUCAACUCAGCCCUGCAGUGUCUCACCUACACUCCUCCCUUGGCCAGCUACAUGCUGACCCGAGAGCACUCCAAAACUUGCCAUGAACCAGGGUUCUGUAUGAUGUGCACCAUGCAAAAUCACAUCAUCCAGGUUUUUGCCAACUCUGGGAAUGUCAUUAAGCCUAUCGGUGUUCUCAAUGAGCUCAAAAGAAUUGCAAAACACUUCCGCUAUGGAAGCCAAGAGGAUGCACACGAGUUCCUGCGGUACACAGUGGACGCUAUGCAAAAGUCCUGCUUACCUGGAACCAAAUUGGACAGGCAAACGCAGGCAACCACUUUCAUCCACCAAGUGUUUGGCGGGUACCUUAGGUCCCGAGUAAAAUGUUUAAACUGCAAAGCAGUCUCGGAUACAUUUGACCCUUUUCUGGAUAUUACGCUGGAAAUUAAGACAGCUCCAAGUGUCCCUAAAGCUCUGGAGCAGUUUGUCAAGCCAGAACAGCUGGAUGGUGAAAAUGCCUACAAAUGCACAAAGUGCAAAAAAAUGGUCACAGCCACUAAGAGAUUCACAAUCCACCGCAGCCCCAAUGUGCUUACCCUCUCACUCAAACGAUUUGCAAACUUUACUGGAGGAAAGAUCACAAAGGAUGUGAAGUAUCCAGAGGUCCUGGACCUGCAGCCCUUCUUGUCUCAGUCUCAUGGAGAGUCUCAGAUCUAUGGCCUGUACGCCGUACUGGUUCACUCUGGAUUUAGCUGUCAUGCUGGACACUACUUUUGCUAUAUUAAGGCAAGCAACGGUCAAUGGUAUCAAAUGAAUGACUCUUCAGUGUCUGUGACCGACAUCAGAUCUGUCCUCAGCCAGCAGGCCUAUGUUCUGUUCUAUAUCGAAUCAUCUGAUGUGAAAAAAGCCGGGGACUACUGCAACCUGAACCAUAACCCAGGAAUCUCUGGCCAGUCGUCGCCGCGGCCGGUGGUGACGCCACGCAUCAGCACCACCGUCCACCACAACAACAUCGGCUUCAUAGGUCCCCAGUUGCCACCACACAUGACCAAGAAUACUCUGCAUGUCAAUGGGAAUGGAUCUGUGAGGGACUAUCCCACCAGCUCCAAGGCCAGCACAAGCAGCAGUGCAGUGGGAAAGCCUGGUCACGGCUUGGCUUCCUCCUCCGUUUCCCACUCAAUCAGUCGACCCACGAUGAUCCCAGAGCAAGACAAACGACAGAAGCUCUCUUUUUUUAUUGGACAAGGCAAACAGAACAGACCUUCCUCUUACGGCCAGCCUUCCUCCUCAAGCAGCUCCUCCUCCUCCUCCUCCUCCAGCUCUUUAUCCUCCUCACAGUCUACCUCAGACAUCCACUCAGACGUUCGCUUUGUUCCUCGUCAGCUGAGCCAUAUGAAUGGCAAGUCCUGCAGUAACGGUGAUCACCCCACGGGCGGGAAUGGAGCAUCGUUCCUGGUGCCGUACAGCCAAGAGUCCUCAGAAGAGUCAGACCAGGAUAACUGUGGCGCUCUGGAUAACGGCCGUCUGUCCAAGUCUCAGACUCAGGGAAGUAAUGUCACAGUCAAUUUCUGUGGUACUUCUUCCAAAUCCACCAAUGGAGAGUCAGGAGUGCACCACAACGGCAAAGAAUUAAAUGGACCAACCACCACCUCAAACCAAAACGGACACUAUCAUGGGCACCACAUAGUCAAUGGACACAACAUCUCUGAGAAGAGUUCCAGCAGUAGUAAUCACAGCAGUCCUUCCUCUGUGACGGCUCCUAAUGGACAAGACACUGCACCCUAUCUACCAAACAUAGCUGCCCUUGAUCCGGCCGCGUCCCAGUCUGCCUCUUCUCAGAACAUUCAUCCUGCUGCUAAUAACAUCCAGCACUCCCACUCUGCUGACACAAGGGCUAAAAUGCUAUCUGAACCCCCGCCUCAUCAAACACCACCCUCAGCUGUUACCUCUCUACCUUCAGCUACAACUACAAAGACCCUCUCUGGUUCAUCCAGAGAGUCUGCUUCUUCUUCACAUCAUAGUAACCUUGAAACCUUACCCUCAGAGCCAGACACCUGUCAAAGCAGCAAUGGGAUAUCUGCAGCCCCACAAAUUGUUAGCAAAACUGUGAGUGAAGCCAAGGAUUCCCCACAAGACAACGGUCAAUCAGCUGGAACGGAAGGACGUGCCGAAAAUAAGGACCAGCACAGGUCCAGGCCUAAUUCAGGAGGCAAGGAAAGGCAGUUUUCCCGAGACAGGGAGAGAGACCGACUGCACUCUGACCAUGGCAGAGACAGAGACAGACACUACAGGGACAGGAGUCCGCUGCGAGAAGGUUCCGACCGUCACCAACACCGGCAUGACUACAGAGAUCACCAUCGCUCACACAAGGAUCGAUUGCCGCAUACCGACCGCAGCCACCGGGACUGGGAUUACGAGCACCGUCGAGAGCGACCUUUUAUGCAUCCAAAGGAGCACGACCGCGACAGGCGCCCUCAUUAUUACAGCCACUACCAGCAGCGCGCUCAUCCGGACCACGAGCGGCGGGGAUUCAGCUCCUCCCAGCGGGAAGAGUCUCACAGCCGUUGGAGGUGGCCGCAGGAUAGUCGCGAAUCCCGGACCAUGAAGGACAAAAGGAAAGCUUUGGACAGGGAUUAUUACUGCUCAAAGGGAAGGAGCUCUUCCCCUCCUCCGGUCUCUGAAAAAAAGUCCAGGGAUUCCAAUGUGGACUCCGCUCCUAAAAGGGAUGAUCGUAGUCCCAAGAGUCAUGAUCAUUCGAGAAAGGAAAGAGAGGACAGCGCCGAGUUUCACCGAUCGAAAAAACACAAAAAGAGCAAGAAAAAGAAGAAGUCAAAGGAUAAAGACAGGCAGCACGAGAGUGGAAGCUCAGACGUGGACUCCGAUAGAGCCACCGACACCCGAAAGAAAAAGAAGAAGAAGAGGCGGCACAGGGACAGCGACUCUGAGCAGCGGAGCCCGGAGCCGGCUCGCAGCCACAAGAACAGAAGCAGCGAGGAGAGAGAGAGCCGCAAACGCCGUCACUCGCCCUGCAGAGACGGCGCUCCGGUGGAGAAACGUCACCGCGCCGACUCUAGCGACGGCUGCCGGAACCACCCGCACGCCUCCCGCCACACACCCCCCUCCAACGGUUCUACUCACCGCCAUCACAAUGGACACACAGGAAACGGAUACAGCCGCACCAAUGGCGACUCCCUCUGAUCCCCCAGCGGAUUGAAACACCCACUCUCCUCAUCUGUAACAUUUUUGACAACAGCAGAGGAAUGAUAUCAAUAACCUUUUUUGACGCGGUGCUUCUUCACAGGGAAUAAACAGAGUUUUUACCACAACCAAGUGUUUUUAAAUGUGCAAAAGUACGUUUCUUUUUUUAAAACAAAAAUUUCAAUUAUUUACCGUAAUUCUCACGAUUAUGGUCAAAAACUCUCACUUAUGAAAUAUAGUAAUAUAUACUUGUUUCUAUGAAAGCCUGGAGCUUAAACAUGUCAACUGCUGCUCAGUGGAUCUCAGGACUUGAAGACUUAACAUCCAUCAGUUAUCCAUCUGCUUCAAAUAAGAACGAGACAAAAGGGAGUAACUGUCAGGACGCCCGCGUGCCUGCAGAGCUGCAGCGUCUUUAGUUUCGUCCGUCUUCGGCCCCACUGGGUGCAGUCAGACGAACAGAGAGGAACCAGAAGGAUGAGUGCAGCGGUGGGAACAAGGCUUUGCUGACUGAUACCUCCAUGUUAACCCUGGACACACUUGAGAACAUUUCUCAGCUCUUUCUUUUUUUUUUAAUACAUUUUUUUGUUCAUUUUCAUCUAUUUCCUUUCCCCUCUGAAGCCUAAGCCUCACUCUCUGCCAUCUCAGAACGCGUUCACGAGGUUUCUCUGGAUCAUGCUCUUUUCUCUUUGUCUUUUCUCUUCAAGUAUUCGAAAAGAAAAAAAAAACAUCGGAACUUUUUAUUUUAUUUUAUUUUAUUAUUUUUUUUAAUCUUAGCCGUGGACCAUUUUUGUUAGCUUUUUAAAGAAAAGACACAGUUUUGUCUUAUAGCAUCAUGAAUAAUACUGUGAAUUUGAUUUUUGAACUGUACUAUCAGUUAUUUUUCUAUGUAAAGAUCCUGCAUCAGGAUUCUCAUGUUUUGUCCGUUGGCUUUGUUUUUAGAAGAACUCGUGUUGAUUUUGGCCAUAUUCUCCCAGGUAUGGUUUGCGUUUGUGUUUUUUCUCUUUUUCAAGUUGAGAAAACUGCUGUUACACUUUUAGUUUAGCAUGUCUGAAUUUAUACAUUGUAUAAGGUAAACGCCUUAAAAUACAUUUAAUGUCGGAAAUUGUAAGAUGUUCUUGAUCUUGGACUUUGUUUACAAGCUGCAUCAAAAUGAAUGGAAAAUGAUGAUUGAGAUGGGUUGUUUUUUCUUUUAUGACUUUGUAUUAUAUAGAUGGAAACUGUAUUGGACUGAGCAUCUCAAACUGUCUUCAGCAGUUAAAUUAUAAUGUAGAUCGUUAACCGACCGUACUUUUUUGUAUUAAUGUUUUGUUAAAGCAUACAAACACACAGUUUUAGCUGCUUGUGUGUUACAGAUGUCUGGCAUCAGAAAAAAACCAAAGAAUUGGUAAGUUUAAUUUCUUGUUUUCACAUGAAAGCAGAAGAUCCUCUGUAAUUAACUAGGAUUUUUAUUCAGAUUGUACAUCGAAAUGUUCCCAAACAAAGUUCAAACCGUGUUUCAAGUCCUGGAAGUAAAGUUCUGGCUGUGGACGGAUCCCAUUCCAGUCACAAUUCACAGGUGGAAAUUAGAAGACUCCAGUAUUUCGUGUCUUUCACCAUUUUGAAGUAUUUAUAUCACGUCAUAGAGCAUCUUGUCCUAUCCACUCCUCGAUCACCACUUUAAGGUUUCACUGCUUCCGCCAUUCCAGGCUGUUUAUGUCAAACUCAGAAGAUGAACGGGUACAGGCUUCAGCCAUGACUCGCUCUACAUGAACACAUGAGGGGGGGGUGAAAACAAAAAAAGUAUGUACAUUUUAUACUAUAAAUGUAAGGUGGGAGGGGCUACCUCUUUUGUGAAACAAUAUGAUAAUAAAUACAAAAGAAAUUAACUUUAUCACAAAGGUGGAUCUUGACUAAAUGAAUUACUUCCAGGUGGUCAUUUACAGAAUUAACAUUUUAACGACUGCUUUUGCAAAAUUGCGAUCAUGUUGGGAAAAAAAAGAAAGUCUAAACUAUAGUAAAAGUAAUUAUUGUCAAAUCAGUUUCCACUUCUUUGCCAUCAAGGGUGGAAUAUUUGAGGAAACUGUCGCAAAGUAAAUGAGCAAAAGUUGAAGAGCUUCUGAAUAAAUGGGGUUUGCAUAUGCAGUCUCCGGUCAGGCCAGCUGACCGGUGAGCUUGAGGCUUUCGUAGUUGCUACAGGAUGUGGUUGGUGCGGGCCGUUGUCAUCGGGGGGAGGGGGGGAGGGUUCUAUUCCCGCCUCUGAGCAGCAGGAACGCCGCGUCAGGCCUCCGAAACCAUCAGGGCAGUUGGGUUGAUUCCAUGUGCGUGCAGCAGAGGGCAGUCUGAUCAAAAGCUUGGCUGAAAAGACUCCGUUCCCUUCUGUGUGUUUUCAUCCCCCCCCCCCCCCCCCCUCCGCCUUCACCUAAAAUCUCUGCUAGGCUUAGUGUAGUCUCUGGGUUCCUGUCUGACAAGAAACGAGCCAGAGACGUACGAUCCACAGAUUCUGCAUUCCCUGCUGGUCCUCCAGCUCUGAAACAACCGGCAGGAGAGCGCCGUGGCUCUUAUGACACACACACACACACAC